AUGUCGAAGAGGCGGCUGUUUCGUUGGCCUGCCCGCCGCACUGUCGCCCUUGGAGUUUUGGCGCUACUGGUCACCUCGGUUUUCUCAUGGCUGCUCUGCGGUGGUGAAAGCUAUGAACCUCAACCUGUACUGGAAGAAUACGUCAAUCCUAUCCACGAGCAAUUAGCGGAGAUCACUGCGACCUACGAAAAUGCGACCAGCGAUAUUGGAUUGGUAUUAGCCGCGACGCGGGCGGAGGACUUAACCUGGCUUCUAGAUUACUGCAGGGACCACGGAACAAUUCCAUUCAUUUACAGCACCGACGUCGAACCUGCGCCUCACCUCCUAAUCCCUCGCACCAUCCGCGGUCGCGAGGCCGCCGCCUACCUCUCCUUCAUUGUUGAUUUCUACGACCGGUUACCCAAAUAUACGAUAUUCAUCCAUUCGAACUACGAUCAAUGGCACAAUGACCUUUUCGGCCCCCACACUGGUCCAGCGUUACGCAACCUCCGGUUGGAAGCUGUCGACGCGCAAGGGUACGUCAACCUGCGCUGUGAGCAUGACCCCGGCUGCCCGACGAGCGUCCACCCGUGGAGCCCCACACAAAUCGACCUCGAAAACGAUGAUAUUCGCGCGUUCUUUCCCCAGGUCUACCAGACGCUGCUCAACGUCCCUGCGAAGAAGGUUCCGGAACACAUUGGGAACGUCUGCUGUGGUCAAUUUGCCGUGAGUCGCCAGCGGAUCCUCGAACGACCUCGAUCGGAUUAUGUGCGCAUGUUGCGGUGGGCCGACGAGACAGAGUUGACCGAUAGCUUUGGCGUGGGCUGGGUCUACGAGAAGAUCUGGCACAUCAUUUUCGGCAUGGAGGUCAUAUAUUGUCCUCGAUACGAACAAUGCCGGUGCGACACGUACGGGUGGUGCGGACCAUUGGCCUCGGGCGAGACACUGCAGGCAGUGCGAGCGAGCCCGGGCCCCACGAUGGAGUCAUCGUUUUAA